AUGGACAAUUAUCAUAGUGGUCAGUUUGGUGGUGAACCGGACUCGUAUCCACAUGAGUACAUCUCAAACACCGUGCAAAAUGGGCUGGCAGGAGUGCCGAUGUGGGCAAUAUGGUCAUUUGUGAUCUGUGCCGUUUUGAUAAUUGCCGUCCUACUGCUGGAUUACUGUGUCAUUCGGAGGAAUGCAUUAGGAAAUACCUGUUGUACAAAAUCUCGUCAGAAACGCGGAACCAUCAACGCGGCUCACCAGAAGCGAUCGACCAACAUGUUGCUUAAUAAGUUGAACCGUAACGUGGCUCAAUUGGACCAAGAUGUAUAG